AUGAAAAUUCAAAUCUUUUUAAUUCUUCUUUAUUAUUGCUAUUCGCGAUGUGCCUUCACAGUGGAUGAAAAUGACAAGCCAAUAGAAACUGAUAGGGAUCCUGAAAUAAUAGGGACUGUGGAAGCAUGUCCCUUUUUUUCUGAUCAACCAGUCUGUUGCACAAGAAGUUAAGACCGAUCAAUGAUUAAGGAUUUCAAGUCUUUGGAUGCCACCUUUGGAAAUGAUGGAGGAGGUUGUGAUAUGUAUAAGGUUUAAAUAUCAAAAUAGAUGUGGUUCAAAUAUGAAGAGAUUCUGGUGCCAUUAUACAUGUUCCCCAAAUCAAAGCGAAUUCAUGAAAAUCUCUGGGAGAUAGAAUAUGACUGACCCUCUAAACUCUUCUAAGAUCAUAGAAGUGUAAAUGGUAACCUUAGAAGUCCAUCCACAAAUAGCAUGUGUAAUAAAUAAUAUUAUUAAAUUAUACAUAGGAGGUUUUUUCCUCAUGCAAAAGAACUUCAUUUGCAACUCAGGUUUCUGCCAUGGCCAGUCCAGGAGGAUUCUUUACUUUUCAAGGAGAAUAAGCAGUGUAUAGAUAUAUAUCUAACUUAAAGUGGUGAAGGAGGAUAGUAUAUUAAAGUUGAAUUUUAAGAAUCCAAUUCGCUUUACUUUGAAGACAUUUGGUCUUGUAAUCACAAUUAUAGCCGCACUACUGAGGAUGAGACAGGUAUUCAUUAUUGGGAUGACUUUGGAUAUGAAUUACAUGGAGAAUGUGGGUGUAACACUUGUGAAAAUAGUUGUUAAUCGGACAAAAUAUUGUAUGAACCGCCAGGGAUAUUAUAUGGAUUCGAAGGCACUUAUAUAUUGUUUGCUUGGGGAUGGGCUAUUUUGUUGUCUUUGGCAAUUACUAUAAUUAGGAGGUGCCAACAAAAAAAAUUUGAAUUGAGUGACUUGGAAGAAUAGAAACAAAUUCUUGGUUGA